GAGCAACUAAAAUGCAGACUUUAACUGCGGAGAAUCUUGCGGAUAACCGUAGCGACCAAUCCGGAAGUAGGCGUCCGUCGCUGUUGUCAAAAGAGGGCAGUCAGGGUCCCAUCAACACCAGUCUCAGUAUGCGCCGGAUGUCAAGUUUAGAGGGCCGUCUGAACAACCAUUCUAGCCGAAUGUCCAUGGUAUCGCGAUCAAGCGUAACCGGAAGUUCCGUUGGAAUUAAGAACAUUGGGCUUUAUACCGUUAAGCUGCAGAACACGUACAAGCUGCAGCCGGACCCAAGUGAAAUGUUUAAGCCCGGAAGUGUUAGUGACGUCAUGCAGGAAGUGCUCAUUGAAUGUCUGGACGGUGAGAAGUACAACCCUACGCAGUGCCGAACCCUCUCACAGAUGCUGACGGAUCUCAUCAAGUCGCGCGUGAAGGACAUGGGAUUUCAGCGCUACAAGUAUAUAGUGACGGUGACCAUUGGUCAGAACAGUAACCAAGGAGUCCGUGUAGUUAGCCGGUGUCUAUGGAACAACGACACGGACAAUUACGCGGAGGCUAGUUAUAACAAGAAUGGGUUGUACGCGGUAGCAGCGGUGUACGCGUGCUAUUUCGAAUAGAACAUUAGUAUAUAAGGGAAUUAUCCAAAUGAUAUCAUAUAGAACAUUUGUGUUGUUUAACUAUUAAUUAUGUAACCUAUAUUAUUCCUUAGCGCAAAUUAAAUAAAGUGAAGGUGUGUUAUCCUUAUAACGAAUUUGUUACAAAGAUUAAGUAAAACAGUGUUUAUUUGUUUUCAUGCUAUUAAAGUAAACUGGUUUCGAACGUCAUGUAUUCUCAGAUAGCUUUUGAGAAUUGUUUUGCUUUCCAAUUAUUGCUCAUAGAUGUUGCUCUUUUUUGUCUGUACCGUCGCUUUUGGAAAAAAACAAGCGACAGUAUGAGUGCACUGUCUCAAAAUGAUAAUACAUUAUAGUGUUGUCUAUUGAGUAAGGCAAUGUAUUUUUCAGAUGGUCAAAUGCAACAUCGGUAAGCCGCAUUUCCCAAUAAGUGGCAUGUGGCCUGUAGUGUGAUAGUGUUUUAUGUUCAAUUUUAAUGAUUUUUAUUUUCAGAAAUUAUUGUGCAAUAUAUCUUUUAUUUCUGGUCUAUAUAUCUUUUAUUUCUGGUCUCAAUUGAAAGAAUUCGUUAGUGGAAUUAAAGGUUUAACUAUGCUAUAUUAUUGAUAAUGUUUUAUUGCAUUACUCCGUCCGGCAUUCGUCGAUGACCCGGUCUCCAUGUUAUAAUUGACAAGGACUGACUUAAGAAUUUCGUCAAGCAAAUCGUCUUAGCAAGACUUCAGUUAUAUACUACCUUCACCUGCGAAUAGCUUGUACUGCUUCAAGUGGAUGGAGUGCUCUAAGAGAAUAAGGCGAUACGCAAGAUUGAUUGAUAUUAAUCUUUCAAUUCAUUUGGAAUAUUGUCAUAUUGUGUCUAGUGUUACGGUGAAGGUUGUUUGUACAAGACUAAUUUAUCGUUUGAACAAUGAGUUUAAAUGUGUAUAUGUCAUCGGCUGAUUUACAUGGGCGUGUGUGUUAUUUAAUCAAAUGUUAUCAUUUCAAAGUGUUUAGUUUCCAAAAUCAGUACGUUGAUAGCUGCUCCAGACGUUGAAUGUUUCUAUCUUAAUUCUAUUGCAAAUCAUUCGCACACGUUUCACUUUCAUUCU